CGUUCGUUCCUUCGUUUACGUUCCACACAAAAAGUAACAGACGACGUACUGUUGCGAAUUUCUGUUGAGCGUUAGAAUUCAAUCAUUCGAUAUGCAAAGAUUUCAAUCAAUUAUUACAGUAUGAACUUUACAUACCGUAUAGCAGCAUUUUGUCUCUUUAUGUCAUCUAUUAUAGGUAUAUGCGGUGUGCAGCAAGAAAAUGUUGGCCCGCCAUCCGUUUCACCCAACGUGACAGGUUCAGCUUCACAAACUAGAGAUGAAAGUCAAAAUAAAUCCUGCCCAUCAAACACAUUGUGCAGUGAGCUACCAGCACAUUGCCUUGAUUGUUCGACGCUGAAAACGCUGAAUGAUAGCUGCGUCUAUGGAAGAACUUACAACAUUACUUGUACUGCCACAGAGGGCUGUCUAGGAGAUAGAAUCCUAAAAAAGAGUAUGGUCUGUCGUUACUGUUAUCAAACUGAUCAUUGGGAGCACACCUGUACUCAAAAGGCCAAUUGCAACUCUGUUGCUUCACCCAAAGCUUACUAUAGAACUAAUUGCUCUGUAAAGGACAAUGUAAUCUGCUUGGGCAAAAGGAAAUUCUUUAAAAAUCUACCAUGCAACUGGACAGGUGGAUAUCGCUGGAGCACAGCCCUCGCAUUAAGUAUCACCCUUGGCGGCUUUGGUGCUGAUAGGUUUUAUUUAGGUCAUUGGCAAGAAGGAAUUGGCAAGUUGUUCAGCUUUGGAGGACUUGGAGUCUGGACUUUAAUUGAUGUCAUCUUAAUUGCUCUUCAUUAUCUUGGGCCAGCUGAUGGUUCAUUGUACUUGUGAUUUGUUUUGUUAAGUCUGUUGUCUAGAAAGCUGCUAGAGUCAGAUGGUGAAAAAAACUACUCCAGGGGAAGAUAAUGAUAUGUAAAUAUCCCAAAAUUUGCAUUAUAUUCGUCACAUUUUCUUUAAUGCACAGCUAUUUACGUUAAAUUCUCUAAUUAUUGCCAUCUCUGUUAUAAAAUAAGCUGUAUUAAUCUUCCCCUUACUUAACCCUACUGCAGCAGAAAGGGCAUUUCAUUCAUAAUUCAAUCUCUUGAUUAUCGUUUAUAACAUCAAAGAAUUUGUUGAAUGUUCAAAUGGUACCUUGCUAGAGCUAAGGAAGUUUUGGCUCAAACGAGGGUUUUGUUUUUAACAUGUUGAGUGUGAUGGGAUGGGUCACACACCAUGGCAUAGCGUAAAUGGUAGCAGUGCUCAGUGGAAUCAACCUCUUGUACAUACCUUCCAUCCUUUGCAAUCAUAUUAUGUAGUAGAUCUAAUGUCUGUGAUACAGUAUGAAAUAGGCAACUAUAUAGUUUUCUUCUUUUUAUACAUUGGCCAAUUUUUCCAAUUUUGUGUGGAAACUAUUGUACAGUUAACAAAUAAUUCAUUAAAAUUCCACUGUGUAUCUGCUGCUUGGCAUCUAUAAUAUGACUUGUUUAAGUUUCAUGAGGUAACUUCUGCCGCUAAAGGAAAUUGCUUCAUUCUUGCUCACAAAAAUAAUCUUUCACCAUUAUUUACUGCUAUCUAAAUUGAAAAUGUAUUCAUAGUACUUCAACUUGUUGACUGACAAGUGUUUUCUUGUGGGGUUUUUAGUUUAUAACUGCAUCAGUCCGGAUUUUCAGAUUUCAUAUUGGCUGUGAUACCUCUAGUUCAGAUAAUUAAAACUGAAAAUAGAAAAAAUUAAUCAGACUUC